GCGGGGCGGCGGAGGGAUCCGGCCUGGGGAGUCGGUCCUGCCUGGGCCUGGGACUUCCGAGCCGGACCUUCCCACGGCCGGAGCCCCGCACCUGCGCCCUCGGAGCGCGUCUCAGACCCCAUGGCCGCCGCCGCGGGCCUGCGGGCCUUCAGGGCCAAGGUGCCCGACUGGCUCCGGCACGGCCGGUGCGUUCCGCUCGCCGCCGGCUUCUGCAGCCGAGGGCCGGCCGGGGCCGGGCAGCCGGAGCCGGGGUCGCGACUCACGAGCUCGCGGCAGCGGGACGGCAUCAGGAACAUUGUCUUGAGCAAUCCAAAGAGGAGGAAUGCGCUGUCACUGGCAAUGCUGAAAUCUCUCCAAAGGGACAUUCUUCAUGAAGCUGAAAGCACAGAUCUGAAAGUCAUUAUCAUUUCAGCUGAGGGACCUGUAUUUUCUUCCGGGCAUGAUUUAAAGGAACUGACGGAUGAGCAAAGUCCAGAAUAUCACACUGAAGUAUUUCAAACCUGUUCUGAGGUCAUGAUGCUGAUCCAGAAGCAUCCCGUCCCCGUGAUCGCCAUGGUGAACGGCUUGGCCACCGCUGCUGGCUGUCAGCUGGUUGCCAGCUGUGACAUCGCCGUGGCCAGUGACAAGUCCUCAUUUGCCACUCCAGGUGUGAACAUCGGGCUCUUCUGCUCCACCCCCGGGGUGGCCUUGGGGAGAGCAGUGCCAAGAAAGGUCGCCUUAGAAAUGCUUUUUACCGGGGAACCCAUAUCUGCUCAGGAGGCCUUGCUCCAUGGGAUGCUCAGUAGAGUGGUGCCGGAAGAGCAGCUGGAGGAAGAGACCAUGAGAAUCGCAAGGAAGAUCGCCUCCUUGAGCCGUCCUGUGGUGUCUUUGGGCAAGGCUGCCUUCUACAAGCAAGUGCACCAGGACCUUAGAACGGCCUACCACCUGGCCUCCCAGACCAUGGUGGACAAUGUGGCCCUGCACGAUGGGCAGGAGGGAAUCAAGGCCUUCAUCCAGAAGAGAAAGCCCGUCUGGUCACACUGAGCCGGCCUGAACAGAGGGAUGGAGGGAGUGUGACCCAGUGAGCAGCACUCAGGAUGCUCCCCGCCCCCCAGCCACCACUGCUGCCUCAUGACAGGAACAGCAGACAGACUGCUUCUGUACCAUUAGUCAUGAUCCCACUGCAUGGGGUCUAUAUUCAAAGCCGUGGUUCCUGGGAAAAGGAUGAAACCGAGAUUCAAAGGAGAUGCUAAUUUAAGGGUAGUGAGCACCUGUGCUGGGUCAGCUGUGGUAAUAAGCCUGGAUUUUGAUAAACUUCUUCACGGGACCUUAAGUGUGAGACCACCCCGACAUGGGAGAAGGUGACGAUAAAAUGAAGCAUGAAAGAAGGAUGCCAGCCUGCUUCUGUUAUCAGAAAUGUCCCGUACGGUGGAGGUAGUUCUGGUUGCCCAGACACACGAACCAUUUCCAAUCUCCAUGAGGUAGUCUCCACAUUGCACAUCUUCUUGGUUCUAUUGAGAAAGAAUCAUGCCUAUGGCUUUGGAAUAAUCUUACGUGACUUUAAAAUAUUAAGUAUUUAGAGAGACUGGUAUUUUAUCUUCUUAACCAGAAUAUAAGCUGUUUGAGGAAAAAAAUAAAUGAAUUCAUUCUUUGUAUGCCUGUGCUACGGA